CGGUUGAGAGGUGCAAACCCGUAGGAGAAUUCGAAAGGCCAACAGUCUCUGGCUGUGCGCCGUACAACGACAUUCCCUCAUCCUCAUCCCAAAAGGCCAAAAUCAUUCAUCAUAUCUGGCACUAUAAACUUGAAAAAAUUGCAAAAUUUUCCAUAAUCGGUGUAACCAAAAUAUGUCGAGACUGUGAGUUUAAUUUUAACGAAUGAAAAUCAAGAAAAUCCAAUGGAGGUGAAGGAAGCAAUCAAUUUUAUCAAUGAGGGCAUUUGGUGUGACACUUCUCCGUUACCCCCACCGGAAUAAUCUUAUCUCAUCGAGAGGAGCAAAUAAUUCAAGUGUUUGUGAGGACAAUCUCACAAUCAUCACCAAAACAGUACGAAGGAAAUAAUCCAACUGAAUUGACAUGAUGAAGUGCCUCAGGCUAUUUCCAAUAUCACCUCAAAAGUGAAUAUGAACUGAUGAAUUACAAAAGUACCAUCCAUUUCAUUGAUGGACAAUAGAAGACAAAUGGAGGAAAAAUCGAGGGACUCAUCUCACUUCCUCAAUGCUUACGGUGAUGAUGACCAACAAUAGUCCCUCAAUCAACGUAAAAAAAAUGUAGGAAAUUCAACAGAUGGAAUUUUCAAAAAAUUCACUGACUGCCAAUUGAAGGAAUAAACAGGGGAAAAUGGGAGUAAUCAAGCUCCUACUCAUUAGUGUCGUCGUUUCCUUAUUUUUGUGUGGUUUAUCGAGAACAAUUGCUGCAUCAAGUAUACAAGAGGGUAUGUGCAGUUCAUCGGCAUGCAAUUGUGAUUCUUACGGUCGACUCACCUGCAAUUGUGCAGAUCAAGUUGAGGAGUUGAUACUAACAUCGGACGGCGAUCAGCCCCUGAGUUCCUUUACGAAUUGGAUAACGAUACGCAACUGUCCGUCAGUGAUUCUGAUGAAUUCGAGCCUCGCUAAAAUGACUAAUUUAAGGUCCAUUGAAUUUGUGGAUAUCGCUAAUCUGACGCUAUUCACCAAGAGUUUUGAAUUAUCGCCAAAAGCCGUGCGCACUAAUGUAUCAAUCAGAUCAUCGAGAAUGGAAAUACUGCCUAGCUAUACAUUCCGUGGUGAUAUGGAAGACAUAAGUUUUGAAAACGUCCAAAUAAAUCUCGUUAAUGCUUUUGCCUUUGGAAAUCUCGCUGGUACUGACACAUUAAGACUAGAGGACUGUAGUUUUAAGACAGUUGAGGAGCAGGCUUUUAAGAAAUUUGAUGUCAACUAUCUUCACAUUAUACGAGGUACCCUUGGCUCCGAAGUUCCAAGCAGGGCAAUGAACGAUAUCGAGGUAUUCACAACAUUUCGAUUGGAUGGCGUUCAAAUGGGAAUUGUCAAGAGUUCAGCGUUUGUCAUAAAAAAACCAAAAACUGUGUCCAUUCAAAAUUGCAUAAUUGAUAGUCUUGAGGCUGGAGCAUUUGACAUUGCAGCAACUGGUGGUGUACACAUUAAGAAUAAUACGUUUAAAAAUUUAGUGACGGGUUCUUUCCUAGGAAUACGUGGGGAUCCUGAUGAUAGUGGAAUGAAGUUUAAUUCACAUUACGACAUAACGUUUACGAAUAAUACGUUGAUUUCCUUUGAAGAAGGAUCGAUGAUGUUUAAUCGAGAUUCAUUCAAACCAGUUAUCGACAAUGUCUUUAUCAAUCGUACCUGUGCUUGCAGUAAUUUAAAGCUAUGGAGAAAUAAUGUGCUGAAUUACACAAUCUACUCGCGAUUCUAUCACUCAUUUAUGUCUCGAUCAGUACGAAAAACCAAUUUCGAACCAAUCGAAGAGGGAACAUUUUUGUGCACAGACGAUUCUGGAAAUUUCGUGAAUUUCAAUGAAUUCGAAGGGCGAAAUUGUACACUGGGGAGCUCUCUAAUGUUCCUACUAUUGGGAGCUCUCGGUCUUGUCAUUAUAUUAAUCAUUGGAAUUGGAAUGAUUAUCUGGUGCUGCAGGGAGCACGGUGGACAUGACAGAUGGAUGAGUGUACCAACGAGUGCACCGGAUGUUGUUUCUCAAAAGAAUGGAGUUAUUGGAAGAAAUGGUACAACACCAAGUGGAGCUGUUGACAGUAGAAUAACCAUGGUUGUUCCCGAUGGAAGACUCUACCGAGAAACUGAAUUUCACGUUAUCGUGGAAAAGGCAGAACCACUAACUACUGAAUUGUAACGAGAGCAUUCGCGCUCAUCUGCUUCAGACAGAAAUUGGAAUGAGAUCCUCAAAGAGCGCGAAUUUCGUGUGUAUAAAUUGUGAAGUGAUACGUGUACCAAGCGUAGCUGAACAAACUCGGACUCAAUGUAUGCAAAAUUAAUACUUGGACAUUGAAAAAGACAUUUUUAACAAAAUGACAUUUAUAGUAUUAAACCAAACGAAGAGGAGAACGUGUCCCUAUAUCAAAUAUCGAUUGAUUCCGAGCUCGUAUGUGUCAUAUAGAGUGAAGAUGGAUAUCAAAAUUUUCAAGUCUAGCUUUGUUCCAUGUUUCAAGUGAUGUAGUGUCUAGUUUUUUUUUAUAUGGAUAUAUAUAUAUUUAUGAAUACUGUAUUUCGUUGUCUGUAAAAAAAUGACCCGUUCCAAUCGAUUGAUUUGUGUUCAAAUUGUACCAAAAAGUGACGAAUCGAAAAAUACACUGGACAAUUGUGCCAUAAUCGAAAGAAAAAAAAUUCACUGGAAUAAAUUCCACGAGAAUUCGGUGAUUAUUGAUAACUACGAAAGGGUAAAAUUUAUCUCAGUUGUGAACAAAUAAUAAAAAAGAACCUUGACCUCGUUUGUGACGGAA